UACUCAGUCUACCACCGACCGCAACAGAAGUACUCGCAUCACCUCGCUGAGUCCUCGACGAAUCGGCAAGUCGUUGCCAGUGCCGCGAGAUUUCAUGGUGUACGCUGACGGGGUGAACGAUCAUGGUGCUUUCGGUCGUUUGUCUUAGCCUCCUCCUCCUGUCGGGUUUCUGUCGCGGUCAAGACUUCAGUUACGAGGGAAGUCUAGGUGAGCCUGGCAGAAAAGUUCGUUAUUCCACAUUCAAUGAAAAUAAUGCGCUUCGAAGUAAUACCAAUCUUGUAUUCGCAGGUCCGUCGCACUGGGGAGAGGAGUUUCAUACGUGCGUUGGGAAACAUCAGUCGCCUAUUAACAUAGAGGAGCACAAUGUCAAGAGCGUCAACCUACCGCCACUGAAAUUGACCGGCAUUGACAAUCCGUGCCAGUCGUACGUGACGAACAACGGUCACACGGUUAUGCUGAAGACUAACGAAUCUAAAGUGGCCGUGCUGUCUGGAGGACCCUUGAGGGAUAAUGUUUACGUGUUUGAACAAUUGCACUUUCAUUGGGGCGAGAACGAUUACGAGGGAUCCGAGGAUUUGAUGAACAAUCAUUCGUUCCCGAUGGAAAUGCACGCCGUGUUUUACAAGGAAGACUACAAGUCGAUAGGCGAAUCUCUUAAGCAUGAUGACGGUCUGGCUGUUUUGUCAUACUGGUACGAGGUGAGCCCGCAACCGAAUCCAACGUAUGAACCUAUUGUAAAAGUGCUACCUGAUAUAGAAGCGAUGGGUAAGGGGAAAGUGUUGCAAGAGCCUAUGUUAUUGGGAAAAUUACUUGGGCCAGAGUUUGCGAACACGGAGGACUACUACACGUACAACGGCUCGUUAACCACUCCACCUUGUCUCGAGAUUGUUACGUGGAUUGACUUUAAGGAUCAUCAACAAUUAUCACACGAGCAGUUGGCUGCAUUUCGCGACUUACGGACUGCCGAGGGCAACAAAUUGACUCACAAUUUCCGGCCGGUGCAGCCUUUGGAGGACCGAGUAGUUCUCCACAACAUUCCAAAAGAGCAGGACCCACCGGGUAGCACUUCUAACGACCAUAAUUUUGACGGGCAUUCAGGACAACGGGGCAUCAAGGUGCCGAUUCUGUUCGUCGCAUUAGGAGCUCUUGUGGCAAUCUUUCUGUUUGCCAUGUGAAAUCUUCGAUACGAAAUAUUCUAGUCAAAGAGUAUUUUUCAAUUGUUAUUGUAAUCUUUAAAGAGAGAGAGAGAGAGAAUGACGAUUAGUAAAUACGAAUGUACAAUUAAGCGAAAAGGAAUCAGAUAGCUUCAUAUUAUUCGAUUAUCGACGAUUGAGAUAUUUUAAUUUCUCAUGAUUUCACGUAACUAACAUUUUACUCAUGUGAUUUUUAAUUUUGCCGCAAUAAUUUAUUUUUCAACAUUAACACUGACAUGAGCAAUUCAAGAUCAUGACACACACAACACAGGAUACAUCAAACGAAAUGUUAUCUGACAUGUACAAAUAACAGUUGUUAAGAGCAAAUACUUGCAUUACAAGAUUUGAAUUUUAAAAUGAGUGGAUACGCGUCAUUCUCUGUGCGAGUGAAUUUAAGCGGAUAUUUAAUUCGUAAGAAGCCGUACAAGCUAUUUAAGUCCCACGCGUUACUUAUAAGAAAUAACGAUGAGCUACAAAUAAAUGUUGAUUAUAAAAUAUAUAUUGUAUAAAUAAAAAAAUACACAAUUUGUUACAAAAUAUA